AUGCCGAUACUGAACCUGCCGAUACUAUGUCUUUGCUUUUUAGGGGCACAGAGCCUCACCAAGAAGGGGGAUGUCAAUGCCCAGUUGGGCAAUGCCAAUGCCAACCAGUUGGGCUACAACCCGGAUGACGUUCCGACCGAAACGGCCUUGAAGGAUUUCUCCGGCGAUUGGCUGUUUCAUGUGAGAACCACUUCUUGUCAUGGUGAUGCCUUCGACAACGGUGCCAACAGCUACAUCUCUCGAACAUUUCUGCCCAUCUUGAGCAUUUGCAGUGUGGGAUUGCUUUGUUUGUCCUGGAAGGAGAAAAGGGAGAAGGAGGUGUAUCGACUCGAUGAGAAGAAUGAGAAGAAUGAGGGUAGAAGUGAGGGUCUCCCGGACAGCCAAGCGGAUGAAAGCAGCAACGCGGAAAGCCAAGGCGAGAGAAGCCAAAGGACGAGCCAAGAGAAGUCCAAACGUCUUUUCCAUGUGGACUUUGCACGCAUUUGUGCCGUGAUGUGCGUGAUCUUUGAGCAUUCGGGCUCCUCGGCGGAAACGUCGAUGUUGCUUCUAGACCUAGGUGGAGUCAGCUACACGCAUCGAAACGUGGGCUUUGGACUGUGGUGGGCCCUACCCUAUUUGUAUGUGACGAGUGGCAUGGCUUCGAUGAUGAGUAAAAGUAGCAUCGUAGGCUACGUGAUGCGCCUUCUCUUGGUCUUUACCGUGGGAACCUUGGCGAAUCUCUUCGCCGACGCGGUGACCCACAGAGAUUGGUUCUUUGUGGUGAUGCUUCUCAUCAUGGCGCCUUUGGCAGAGCCAUUGCGCCAAGCCCUGCGCCAGCGCUCGAGAAGCGACGACGGUCCGAACCCGUUGACGAGUGGAGAAGAAGGCGAAAGCGCGGAGAAAGCGCGAAAGCGCGCGAACCCAUUUUUCUGGACGGCGUGGAGUACCGGAUGGACUUUUGCGUUUAUGAUGCUUUGGGGCACCAUUUCCUGUGCUGCCUUAGCCUUCUUCGUGCGAGGAUUCACGGGAGACUCCGAGAUAGAAAGGACCUUUCAAGAUGAAAAGGUCUCCAGGUGGAUUCAGUUCUAUGCCCCGGUGCUUCGCCACACCCCGAUCAUUUUGGUUCACGUUGGAGGUACUCUCUUUCUCAGCCUGUUGGCCACUCUGGUUUGCCAUGACGACAACACUGGAGUGGUGGGCUGGAUUCUGUUGGCAUUCUCUUACUUGCAGAUGAUUGUGGUCCCUUGGGAUCAGGAUUCUUUCGCCCACCUGGUGAAUUUGAACAUCGUUGGCAUGGUGACCUUUCAAUGGCCUUUAGCGGGGAGCGCUAUGAUCGCCCGGCUGGUGAACGCCUACUGGCCAUUUCUGCUGAUGUUUCUUUGUUUGGAUUCCAUGCCGGACAUGUGGGGUCGUUGCGAUGUCCAUUCGCCCUACUCCACCUGGGAGCGAUUUCGCAUGUUCUUGGGAGAGUUUACACUGGUGGUUUGCUUCAUCGCUGGUGCUUUCACACCAUCCGAUCCCAAGAAAGUGACUCCGUGGCUGAAUCUUUGGUCGCUCUAUGCCUAUUGUUUUCAUGUGAUGUGGUACCGGCUCUUUGGAUCUCCAUAUGGAGCCAUCAUCACGUUUGCUUCCAUUCCUCUCUUCUACUUCUUGCUGAUGUCCGACAAAUCGUCCAAACCGGACAGCGGCACGGAUGGCGCGUGA